AUGCACCCCGCGGGCCCCAGCGCCUUCUACAGCCCCUACGGCUCGCGCCCCCCCUCCCGCUCCGCCUCCCCCGCCCCCCACUCUCCCGGCGGCGUCGUCCAGCCCCCCUUCGACUUUCCCAGCGUCUCCUUCCCCCCGCGGCUCAAGAACAUCGGCCGCCAGCUGUCCCAGAUCUCAAACGACUUUUUCUCCGAGGAUGAGGGCGAAACCAUGACCGCCAGGAGGGAGGCGUUGAAGAAACAGGAAGCUGGGGGAACCCGGCCUCAGACGCCCGUGCAGAAGGGGUUCAAGAUUGAGAGCGUGCCAGGGAUGGGGGAGGACCCGGUGAUGUGUCCCUUCUGCGAGAAACCUCUUCCACCGGCGCUGUUUCUCGAGCACACGCACCACUCUGAUCCCAAGGCUACGCCCAAGUCUGUCAAAUCCAAGGAGAAACAGCAAGACGCCCCUAUGCCCAAGACGCCCAAAGUGUCGUCCGAAGACUUGGCGACUACCGUCAAGGAGGGCGACAUUGCCAACCACAAUUUUGCAGAGGGGCUCGUGUCUGCGGAUGAUCUCAGGAGGUGGGCAUCUUUGGCCGGUAUCACCCUGUCUGAAUCAGCCAUCCCCAAGCCAGCUACGACUGCUACUCCGAAAAAGGCCUCUCCCGAACCGGUCAAGCCGGCCGAAUCCAAAGCCUUCCCCCUCCUCCCUCCACCGCCUCCACCCUUACAGGCUGGUAGUGGAAACCCAUCUCAGAAAGCCAAACCUUCACGGCAGGAUUCCGGCUCAGGUAGAUUCGGCUUCUGGAAAAGCUCAAAGAAGGAGGACGAAGAGAGUAGUGAUGACGAAGGAGGCGCUGUGGGGUAUCAGAAGAUUGGAGCGGGAGACGAGGAGAGCGAUGAUGAGGAGAAAAAGGUCUCGGAAGUGAGCAGCAAGAAAGACAAGGAGACAGCGGAAGAGACUGUGGCAGUGAAGGACUUUGUACAGGACGAGCCUGUUGAGGUGCCGGAGAAGACUGACUCGGAAUCCGAGCCAAAGGUCGAACCCGUCGUUCCAGUGGACGAUGUAUUUCCAGCUUCCCACGAUGAUCUCAAGAUCGUUCUGGCAGAGGUCCUGGCCAAGGUCGGCCAGAUGUCUCAAUCACAAAACGCCCUCUUGACAUCUCAUUCGUCUCUUCUUACAUCCCUCAAGAUCGCCCGCUCCAAUCUCGCCAUGGCAGAGGCCAACACUGAAAUGCUCGAAGCCCAGCUGGCUCGUGGUCCCACGCCUGUCGUGCCUAUCAAUCAGCGGACAGUCAGCAGCCCCGUGACGUCGACGCACCCCAGCCGGCCUAUUUCUGCCAUGGGCGACAAGCAGCGACCGUCCAACCUUCAGCUGUCCUCUCUUGAUCCCGCCGGCGCCCCUGCAUCUGCACCGGCAAAUGGUUCGGAGAAAUCCUCUUGGUUCUCCAACAACAAGAAGAAGCUUGGGAAUCUCAAUCUUCCCAGUGCUGUUUCGAUAGUCGACUCUUUCUCCUCGCCCACUACCGAGUAUGCUAGCAAGGGCAGAUCAAGUGGCGACUACUUUGGCGGAAGCGCGAUACCGUAUGGAGCGGCCAUGCCCAACGAACGGCCUGGGGUCAGCAGGACACAGAGUCAUUCGAGCGUCUCUCGGUCCUUGGGCGGGACCACCACUAUCGCCCGCCCUGCCCAAAGCGCCGACAUUACCCAGCUCCGCCAAGCGUACUCUGCUGCUGUCGCGCAGAUCAGCGCUCUUACCACCGAAGUUGCUGAUCUCAAAUCGGGCAAGAAGGAGAUGGAAGAGGAGCUUGAGAGUCUCAGCCAGGAGCUGUUUGAGGAAGCCAACAAGAUGGUGGCGGACGAGCGAAAGAAGCGGGCAGAGGCAGAAGAGAACUUGAAGGAAGUGAGGGAGGAGAAGGAUGCCUUGAAGGAAACUGUCAAGGUGCUUGGUGGAAGGGUGGACUCGCCUGCCCCGGGAGUGCAGGAGGAGCCGGCGGAAAACAAGUCGCUUCCGGGGUCUGAAAAGCUCGAACCACGAGAUCUGGACAAGCACUAUGCUGCUCUGCGCAAGUCUAUCCACCACGUGUCGUCACCUCCCACCUCACCGCCUGCCACCCAACCCUCAUUCCCCGACGUCCUCCACCAGCCCCUACCGGUGCUUCCUUUGAGCAAGGAACACGCCACAAUGUCUAUAGUGCCGGAACAAGGUAGAUCCACAGCCACACCCCCGAUUGAUAUACCCUCUUCGAGACCCGUGUCGACACAGAUACCAGCAGAGUCGAACCCCUGGGCGUCAUCGCUAGAGUCGAGCGAGGGGGAGGACGGUCGGCCAGAAUUCAAGAUGAGUUUGAUGACGCCGAGUCCUCAGCCUGAGGAGAAGGAGAAGGAGGUUGAAUGA